GCCUACUUAUUUGUAGUGGACUUCCAGGCAGUAUUUCCGUCAAGCUUGCACUUACAGAAGUGAGAUCACUCUGUUGGCUGUUAAAUUUAAGGGAACGUCUCGCUUCAUUGUGGAAGUACCACAAGUUCCUGGCGUGUAAUUGUUUUCUUUGGCAAUAUUGAAACUUUGUUUUUUUUCCUCUUACAGCUGGAGUCAAUGAUUGCUAUUAUUUUGCUAUCAUGCAAGUAUUUCAGGGGAUGUUAUGCUGAUAGUCAGGGUUAACACAAGGCGAUCAAUAUAAAGUACUCAACAUCACAACUGCGUGAAGUGGGCUUUAAGACCUGUCAUAUUUCCCAAGCCUCCUACACCUCCUAUAAUAAUGCAAUAUAAAGAGGAAAAAAAUAGUUAUUUUAUUAUUAUAUGCAUUUUUAAACCAAAUUAUGGAUUACAUAUUUUGGUUUGUUGCAUUUUGGGGAUCAAUGUAGUGGGUCGGACGGUGCAUUGCCAGCCUGUCACUGUACGCAGUGUGGGACGAUGACAUCACCGGCAGCCGAGAGAGGAAAGACUGGGGAAAGAGGGCAAGACGCAGGAAUAGGGAGGACGCGGAGAGCUGUGCGAAGCGCUCCUCUAUUCGGCGUUAAUAUUCAUUUAACUAUUCGGAGGGAAAAGGCCACGGCUUUGGAUGCCUCGGCAGAUCGAGAAAAAACAAGACGGUGAUUUCAAGUGUUUUAUAAAGGAUCAGUCUCUUGCUUCCACGUCCCCCCAGGCUGGAUACGCCGGAAGGCGUUUCGUGGUCCGGGGAUACAGCGAGGCUUGGUGCCGGAUGGAAACGAGCUGUCUUCAGUCAGCAAUGGCUAUGGGUCUGUCAUCGAAAAAAGCAUCUUCUCGAAACGUCGCCGUGGAGCGCAAGAACCUCAUCACGGUCUGCAGGUUUUCUGUGAAGACUCUGCUGGAGAAGUACACAGCUGAGCCCAUUGACGAUUCCUCCGAGGAAUUCAUCAAUUUUGCAGCCAUUCUAGAGCACAUCCUCAGCCACUGCUUCAAGGGUAACACGACAGGUCCUGGGAGCUGGUUCAGUUAUGACGGACAGCGCAGUUUCUGGGAUUUCAUCCGCGUUGCCUGUAGCAAGGUGCAGAACAACUGCAUCAGCAGCAUAGAGAACAUGGAGAACAUCAACACCUCACUCGCCAAGGGACGGGCCUGGCUUCGAGUGGCUUUGAUGGAGAAGCGUCUGUCUGAGUACAUUGCGACUGCCCUGAGGGACACACGGACGACGAGGAGGUUCUAUGACGAUGGUGCCAUCAUGCUGAGGGAAGAGGCCACAGUGCUCACCGGCAUGCUCAUUGGACUCGGGGCCAUAGAUUUCAGCUUCUGUCUGAAGGGGCAGGCCCUGGACGGCAAGUCGGCAGCAGUAAUUGACUACACACCGUAUCUUAAGUUCACUCAGAGCUACGACUACCUGAGCGAUGAUGACGACCGGCAGAGUGUGGACAGCAGCACCAGCGACGACAGCUACCCGGAGCAUCCCUACAUCCCGCUGGUCACCGACGAGGAGAGCUGGAGCACAAAGUGCCGCAAGAUGGAGCAGAGGUUCAAGAUCGUCUACGCCCAGAAGGGAUACCUAGAGGAGCUGGUCCGCCUGCGGGAGUCUCAGCUGAAGAACCUGGAGACGGAAAACAAACGGCUGGCCCUGAGGUUGGAGGAGCUGCAGCGACAGAGCCAGCAGGAGAAGAAGGAGCUGGAGGACAUUGUACUCGAGCUACAGGAACAGCUAGCAAGCCUGAUACCCUGUGACUCCAGUCACCUGAAUAAGGAGCUCACUAUCCCCCUGGUCAACCAGUGGCCAUCAAGCCAGGCUUUCAACAACCAGGAGGAUGUGAAACUCUUCCGCAGGAGGAGCUUCCCCAGCGUAGAACAGCUCUCCGCUGAGGUUAACCUGGAUCUGGAUUCCCAAAACAUCGAGGGGAAGCAGAACGGAGAACCUUGGUGUCCAGCAGGUAAAGACUACACCCCUUCCAUGCUGGGUCUGUGUGGAUCCCUGGCCUCUCUGCCAAGCUGUAAAUCAUUGGCCAGCCUGAAGUCCAGCGAGUGUCUGGUCAACAUCAGCACAGAAGCCAGCCCUGCCCUUUCUCCCAGCUAGGGCGUGUCUGCCCACCCCCAGCACCCCACCCCCACCCACCAUGCACUGGGGCCACAGAUUCAGUUCUGCUUCGCACAGGGCCCACACCCAACUGCAGCAGGGGACUCUGUGCCUUCUGCGGCUUCGGCGCCCCCCCCGCCCUCCUGCCUGCCCUCUCUGCCCCCUCCUCCAGCUCCUUCCAUCCUCUUCAGCUUGAUGGUGCCCUAAGGAUCUCAAAAAGCGCUGAGAAGCGAACUGAGGUGGAAUGACCGAACAUUUCCAAAAAAUUUGUCUUUGAGGACAUUGUUUUAGAGAAAAAUAUUAGAGGAAAUAUACUUGAAUAAUACUUUCCCAAUCAGCCCUUCUCCAAGUCCCUCUCCCUCCUUCAGACCUUGUUGGAACUUGAGACUAUAUCGUAUGUUUGACUGUUGCCAUGUAUAAAAUAUUACAUCAUUCCAAACUGAAAUUGUGUUCCCCUGCCCUCUCUUUGCCCAACUUUUAAUCUAUACUUAGACCUAAAUAUUUGUCUUCUCAGUCUUGACCAUCCAUCUGUCUAACAUAAAGCAGAACUGAACUGCCAUGAUUUCAGAGUAUAAAAACACAUGGAAAUUAAAGUUAUUUGUGGUCAGAUGGCUUUCUGCUUUACAGGAAGAGCAUCUCCUUAUGUUUUGUGUGAUUUGGAGUUUAUGAAUGACUAAUAUCGAGAAUAACCUUGAAUUUUAUCCUUGAGCUUUACUGAUUUUGAUCAAAAUUGCAAUUUCAGCAGGUGGAAGAAGCAAUGAACAAAGUAUUCAUCUGUAUGUUUGUUUAUGGGGGGUACUUUGUAUAACCUAUUUUUAUUUUUUAACAUUUUUGUGCAGUUUUUGUAUCCCUUUCUGUUUUCUUAAUCCCUUUUGUAUCUCUUUGUUUUUUAUUUAUUUAAUGGUUUCCCUAGGAUCUAUGCUGUUUGUCAGCUUACUCUGCAAUAAAUUGCUUCCCUUUCGUUCUCA